CUCUUUCCGUCGUGUCGGAACGAAUGCAAAAAUAAAAUAGUUACUCUAGUAACUCUAGUUACUCUAGUUACUCUAGUUACUCUCCAUGACAACCCACAGCUAUCCACGGAACCCACAGAACCCACAACUCACACACCAUGACACGGACGAAUUCGAAAAAGAGAGACGAGAAAAAUCCCCCCUUCCUGCGGCCGUGAGCAAGCGGCUACUCUCUAGUCUGAGCUGAGGCACAUGAGGGCACAUGGGCGCGUCACUUUACCUUGUCACUCGUUCUUUUUCUUUGUCUGCAUACUAUGUAUAGAUGUAUAGAAAAGUUACUUGGCAAUAUUAUGGAAUGGCCCGCCGCACUCAUCUAAAGUAAGGCAAGGCAUUGCGAGCUCAACCAGAAGUCCCAGGCCCAGGUCCAGGUCCCCUACAGAUACUUCCAACCAGCCGUUCCCAUCUCUGCACGCAGACCCUCUUUCCUGUCUUUCUGCACUCAGUCGCUCACGGAGCCGGGAUAACUUAUACUACGCCGUGUUUAUCUGCCUUUUGUUCCCGUUGUUUUUCUUCCUUCUCAAGCUUUCAACCAGAUUGCUUGGUCUGCAAAAGUGAACUCUUCCCUUCACUCUUGCGCCUCAAUCUGUAACUCAUUAUUCACUGUCACCCUACUGGAAGAUACUCUCCUCACACUAUCGUUGACUAGCAGGCGUCUUAUCCUCCUACAUAAUCUCACAUUGAAGAUUACCUCUCAAGCGGCCUUAUCCUCUGUGAUAACAGCGACCAACACAAAAAAGGCCACUCCCAACCUCACCACCACCCCGCCACACAUUGUGUAAUACACGGCAGACACACACCCAAUUUUAACUUCCCGUCCUUCAGCUCACAUAUUUAUUGCCUUCGACGCACACAUUGGGCCCCGGGCUGGUACCAGUAGAUAGCACCGCUGCAACAAUCCCCGUCAACCUUGCAGUCGGUUCCUAUAUCUCUGUCCCUCCGAAGCUUUUGGAACUCACUCGUUUGUUCCUUAAUCACACAACGGCAAAGUUAUGUCGGUCAACAGCGGACUCUUCGAUGGGUCGUUGCCGUUCCCAAGAAGCCCUCGAAAUGGCUCUCUUCACACUCCACCGUCGAUAUCCUCAAACUCGCGGGCAAACAGCUUGUGGGAGGGCGAUGGCGAUGAAGUUCACUCCAAGAAGCAUGCCGUGAUGGUAUCUUACCUUCACGGCAGGAUAGCUUCCCAGAUGUGGUUUGAUGUCAACAAAGAGUUCCUCUAUACCCCCGCUGGUUCUGGCCGUUCGAACUCGCCAAUCUCGAGUUAUGACCGGACAUCAGUUCAGGGUGUCCUCUUGAGGACGUCGCGCGGGGUCUAUGUGACACAGCCAUCAAACCUAUGCCAUAACCUUAUUGCUGCGGUGCAGAGAUUGAAUGUCGAGGUCGCCUUCACCAUGUCGACGGAGCUCACAAAUCUCAUAUUCUCAACGAUUACGCCAACCCAAACCGAGUUCAUCCUGCCGCAUGAUAGCACGCAAUAUCAGAUCUUAGACUCUUUUGAGGAUAUGGCCAAAGCUUCGUCGAACAAGCUCAAGCGUUUCCAAUAUACCUGUUUCGUCAGGAAAGAAAGGGUUGUUCUGCUGUGGCACGACGACGUGGAGUCCAUCCUGAGCCACGGAGACAAGGUUGAGAGACAACUGCUCACUGUCAUCUGGGGAGCCAAAAUCCCAGCCAUGCCAAAUUCGUCAUCUUCUCACAACUCAGUGAUCCAUUCACCAUUCCACGCACCUCCGACGCUCAAUUCGUCGACCCACGCUCUUCCUAUCAAGGCCCCUUCCGCGCCCCAAUCCAGCAUCCGAGUCUCUCUUGCGUCAAGGCUAGGCUUUACGUCCCCUCAAGAGGUGGAGAAAGGCGAAGGCGAGGCCAAUGCUGAUGAGAAGGACGUCGAUGUUGAGUCUGCUGUUCCGGUGAAGGAGUCAUUGGAGAGGCCGUUGGUCUUCAUUUCUGCGAUUUUCGUUGGUAUGGCUCUGUGCCUGAUGAUCAUCCUCCUGCUCGGAUUCGGUGCCUCGGCGCUGCUCUACGAGUGUUUGAUGGAUGGAAGCUGGAUCAGAAUGGCCCUUCUCGCGACCGUGCCGUUUUUUGGUCUCUUUGGUUUGUUCUUUGCGAUUUGUAUCUUCACCGAUUUGUUCCAGGUCAUUGGGCCAAUUACAGGCGUCACCAGCAACUCGCGAUGCUAUUCGUCAAUCCGUCCCGAUAUCUUCAAGGCUUAUCAGAUUGGCUUCCGCCCUAGCCACAUCACGAUUCAGAUGCCAGUUUACAAGGAGGGUUUGGACAGCGUCAUCAUUCCUACCGUGACUUCGCUUAAAGCCGCGAUUUCUCACUACGAAUUGAACGGUGGAACUGCAAGCAUCUUCAUCAACGAUGAUGGUCUUCAACUCCUCCCAGAAGAUGAGGCCCAGGCCCGGAGAGAUUUCUACACCGAUAACAACAUUGGCUGGGUCGCGCGUCCCAAGCACGGUGUUGAUGGAUUCGUCCGUGGAGGAAAGUUCAAGAAGGCCUCCAACAUGAACUUCGCCCUCAACAUCUCCAACAAGACCGAGGAUGUGCUCACUGAAAUGAUUGAAAUCCGCAAGAGCUACACCAACGGAGGUGACAUCACCGAAUCUGAGCAAGAUGAGCUUUACAAGGCUGCGCUUGACAAGGUUCUGGAUGACGAUGGAAAAGCCUGGGCUGAUGGCGACAUCCGCAUGGGUGAAUACAUUCUGAUUAUUGACUCUGAUACCCGUGUCCCCGUCGACUGCCUCCUCUACGGUGCCGCCGAAAUGUUCCUGUCCCCCGAAGUCGCCAUCGUCCAGCACUCUGCGGGCGUCAUGCAAGUCGUCGGAGACUACUUCGAAAACGGUAUUACAUUCUUCACGAACCAGAUUUACUCCGCCAUUCGCUUCGCUGUCGGAUCCGGAGAGGCCGCUCCCUUCGUUGGUCACAAUGCGUUCCUCCGCUGGCAGGCGAUCCAGAGCGUUGCUAGCAAGGCUCCUGAUGGAUCUGAUCUCUUCUGGUCUGAGAGCCACGUGUCUGAGGAUUUCGAUAUCUCCCUCCGCGUUCAGAUGGCUGGUAACUUCGUCCGCCUGGCUACAUACCACGGUGAUGAGUUCAAGGAGGGUGUGUCUUUGACCGUCUACGAUGAGCUGUCCCGUUGGGAGAAAUAUGCCUUUGGAUGUAACGAACUUGUCUUCAACCCUCUGUACACAUGGUUGUGGAAGUCGCCAUUCACACCUCUCUUCAGGAAGCUCAUCUGGUCCAACAUGCAGAUGUCCUCCAAGAUCACAAUUCUCGCCUACAUCGCCACCUACUACGCCCUGGCCUUCGGUCUUCCUCUCACCAUCCUGAACUACUUCCUCAUUGGAUGGGAGAACGGCUACAUCGACUCUUUCUACAUCGAGUCGUGGAAGAUUUUCGUCGCCCUCCUCGUCGUCUUCUCCGGUCUCGGAAACGUCUGUCUCGCCAUCCUCCGUUACCGUCUCGGCGAGAAGUCGCUCCUCGGCGCACUUCUCGAGAAUUUCAUGUGGAUGCCCAUGUUCGCCGUCUUCUUCGGAGGCAUCAGUUUCCACCUCUUCCUCGCGCUCUGCGCGCACAUGUUCAGCAUCAACAUGGAGUGGGGCGCUACUGCCAAGGAAGCCGUCGCGAGUAACUUCUUCAAGGAGGUGCCCAAGAUCUUCAAGAGCUUCAAGUGGAUGUACGCCUUUACCAUUCCAAUGGUGGGUGGUAUGGUUUAUCUCGGCAAAUACGCACCUGCGGGGUACGAGAUCAAUGUCGUCACUGCUAUCGUGCCGUUGGCGGUCAUGAUCUCGAGUCACGUCCUCCUGCCGUUCAUGCUCAACCCGGCACUGAUGAUUCUGAAAUACUAAAUCAUAUAACCCAGUCUGUUCUUUGAAAAAAAAUUGUACCAAAGAUACAUAUGACGAACCAACUUCAAUUACGAAAAAAACUCGGCACAUAUAUAUCUCUCAAGUUGCGACGUCACGAAUUUUUUUUGCCUUUCGAUUCGAUUAAUUUUUUUCAUAAUCCUCGGUUUCUAUCGCAGCUUUGGAUCAAUAUACACAUCUCUCAACGAGAACGGCGGCGUUUAUGUUUGGGACGCAUAUUAUACACUCCUUUGAAUACAUACACUUACACUCCUUUAAUAAUAUCGCAAGACGGGGGGAUUAAUCGGGACUUCGGCUAUAGAUGGAUGGGGAACUACCUGAAGAUAUUUGGGUUGGUCUGGAGUUUAAUACGCGCUUUGUUUUUUCUGUUUUUCCACUUUUUUUGGACGGGAGGGUGCGCGCAGGAAUGGUGGGAGACGGACGCACGGGGGGUUGCUAUACAAAAUGGCGUUCACCUUUUAGAACGGCAAACGGGGGUGCUGGUGCUUGUGCUACGGGCUCUGCUUUUGAUUUUCACGUCAGUGGUUUUGCCCUUUUGUGUUUAAUGUUUUUUAAUCGGUUUUUUGGAGAUGAUAUGGAUCCGGAUGGAGGCAUGGGGUGGGGGGAUGGAGAUUGUUAUAUUUUGGAGGGGCUGUUGCAAAUACACAGAUAUGUGGA